AUGAGAUUGCUCUUUGGUUUUCUAUGUGUGCUGCUUGCGGCAGCGCGGGUGGCAAGAUGCAGGCACAUAACGUGCGGAGAGAUGCUGUCGUGCAAAAGCAGGCCUGUGGGUCGCGUGCGUGGGGAAGACGUGUAUGUGAGCCCGGAGUGGGUGGGGCACCCGGUGUGUGUAGCAAAGCUCGGAUGGCUGGGGUACAUGUACAACAUGCGGAGGUACGCGUGCGGGCUGGACACGAGCUUCAGCCUGGUGCCGAGCGGGCGAGUGAAAAAAUACGGGGGAGAGGCGUACACGUACACCCGAGAGCCGGAGAAGGACAGGGCACACCUUCCCGAUGGCAUUGCCAGCGCGGCGGCGUUUGCAAGAGACGAAGGGUACAGCGUGGCGUUCCAUCGCGCGCUGGUGCAUAUGUUCGGGCUGCAGAAGAAGGGGGGCCUGACGGUUGAAACCGGGCGACCAUGUUCUUUCACAGAGUUUCUCCGGGAGAGCUGCAGAACAAAAAACGAGGCGCACUACUUGCUGGCUGCGCUGGUUCUUCUGAGCGAGGGCAUUAACGUGCCUAUUCGGACUUCUGGGAACAAAGUAAUUGUAAAAAAAAGAAAAGACAGCGAGGACGUGCUGGUGGAUGUGUGCGUGCCAGCCGUGGACAGUGGAGAAAGGCAGCCAUCCGAGACGUGGCAUGUGGUGAGCUUCUUCAAGCGGUACAGAGACAGGAACCAAAUGCCACGCACGUACGAAGAGUUUAAAACUGGAGACUUUCUGGAGAGCCCGCAGCUUCUGAUUCUCACGUACGUAAGCGAGUACGUGGAAAACGCGGAAGAGCUCAUGUCUGUGAUGGAGUGUGCGUUCAAGCUUGUGGAGGGCAUGGGCCUUGGCGAGAGUGUGGGAGACGCGGGCAGCGUGGUCGGGCGGCUGUUUGUGCCUGCGAUCCGGCUGCCCGAGGCUCAAGCGCAUCUCGCGCCGUUUCUAGAGGGGCUUUCCGCUCUAGCAGCCUUAGAGCACUUGGAAGAAUUUGACUGCCUUCAAAGAGAAGCCAAUUAUGCGACCCUAAUUGACGGAGCCUUAGAUGGGAAGAAGGAGCACUUUGACAAGCGUAGCACGAACUGCAGGUUUAUUGGAGCGUGUCUGCUAUUCCCGUGCCUGGCAUACGACCCGGAGAAGAACGCGUACCGCCUGGAGAGCCUGCUGGCCGGAGCCGAGGAAACAACAGAGGUGGCCAAAACCAGGGCGUUUUUUGAGGCGGUGCAGGAGAGCAUAGAAGAGAGUUUUUCUUUGGGCUGGUCCAGUGAAGACCAAGCGCAAAAAUACAGGAGGCUGUGGCUCAUGGUGCAUGCGCAGUUCAUGGAGGCGCUGGGGAGUUUGAAGCCGACGGUUCUAAACCAGAUACGUGCGCUUGCGCUGAUGACCGGGCGGCCGCAGGCCGUGGUGGACGAGCUGGCGGCGCACCAGGCGGCCAUGGAUGCGGAAAGAAGGACAAAGCUGGGCCUCAAGGAAGCUAAGAGCAUUCAGGUGCUUCUGCGCUCAAUAGCAGUGGACAAAGGUGUGGUGGUGACGAUUAAAGAGAACUACGGUUCCUUUAGAGGCGAAGAAUACAUGCUUACAAUAAGUCGUGUGCCUGAAUGCACCAACGUAUGUGAAAUGACAGUGGUUUUCGCACAAGAAAAGACUUGGAUGACAAAUCUAAAUCUGCCAUACCGAACUCUUUCUACCAGAGAGGAGAAUAUGUUGGGUGUGGCGGUCGCGCAGUACAGGAAGGAAGCGCGGCUUUCGGGCUUUGUGCUUGCGGAGUGCAUGCACCGAAUGGCGGCUGCGAAGGACAUUUUCAACUUUCCAAUAACAACAGUCGAAGAUGUGCAGGAAGCUGCGCGGUGGGUAGUUGAGUGCAGCGCAGCCAGACCUGCCGGCGUGCUUAUGGUGCUGCCGGUGGUGGGCACGCGCUUCAGGGAGGAGCUUGUCUCCGCGCUGGUGCUGUAUGCCAAUUACAAAAAGAUUGCGCUGAGUCCAGAACACCCUGUGGGCCGGCUGGUUGCGAACGUGAUAGGGAGCAUCGACCUUGGCGACUCGACAAACCGGCGGUGUGUCCUGAAAUUGCCUGCAGUCACCGACACUCUGCGGGCGCUGUGUCCAGCGCUGCAGCUGUCCGAACAGUUGCAGAUGGAACUUUGGGACUCACACAUGCUUUCUAUCUAUUACGGGGUGUAUCCCUUUGAAAAUGCCGAUCUGCUUACACGGGAAAGCCUUAUGUGGCAUUUUCGAGCGUAUGCAGAGAAACAAAACGAGCCGCUGUUCUGGUGUAUUCUGCUGCAUAGGCAUGCGAACAUAGCAAUGUAUAGCACGUUUCUGUUUUCGGCGGACCCGGUGGCAGUUCUAGAGGAGAUAUGUGCGCUUGUUCUAGCAGAUCACACGGGAGAAGACCUGGCGACGGCCAAGGCCCUGGCCAAUACACUGCGGCUGUCCUGGCUGGCGCUUCUUUUGAAGAGAGGCUUGGAGGAGAAUCAAGACGCAAUUGUCGAGAUUUACAAGACUGUUAAGCCGGAGCAUCUUGAAAAAGAGCUUGAACAGCUUUGCGAUUUUUGGCUUGAUGUAAAUCUAGACUUUACACUAGACGGCCUGAAUAGAGCAAGGAAUUUUCUUGUGAGGGAAGGGGGCUGCGCAAAGUUUGAAGCGCUGUAUGAACUCUACCGCCAAGUAUGCACUAGAUUCCAGGAAUGA